GGCGCCCCUGGCGGGAAAGUUUAGUACCACUUUGCGUCAUGUAGCGUAGCGUGAACUAGGUCGUAAACGGUGCUGUGUUUGUCUAUUUAUUUGCAUUUAUAGAGACAAAACCUUAUUUAUCUAGUAAUUUUAUUGUGUUGUUUUACUCGACAAAUACUAGAAGGUGCAGAACUCAAAUAUGAAACAAAUUGUCGCUAAAACCAGCAAGAGAUCCAGCUUCAUACCAGAUGAUGACAGUGUGCGAUAUAAGUUGAACACUCAAUACAUUAAUAAUACAAAAUUGAUCAAGACUCCAAGAAAACAACAGGAAACAAAAAGCGAAGAGGAUAAUAUUCGCUAUAAGUUUCCACCGUCAUCUAAGUUAAAAACUAUUGAAAAACCUAAACCGAAACCCACAAUUAAGGUAAACUUUUGGAGUAAAAAGCCAAAUGUUAGCCGUUUACACAAAAAUGAUGUUAAAGAAAGCAGCAACAGGCGCCAUACGAUCAGUGGUAUUAUGAGUGAUAAUAAAUCCAAAUCAGCAGUAAAAGUAAGGAAACGGGUAUCAUUCCUGCCAACACCAGUUUUCAGCGACAACCACAUACCGAUGGUCACCGUGCCAGAUGACCUAACCAUUCAACUCAACGAGGAGGAGGCUAAUGAUUUGGGCGCUGAUUUAAAUGAGAAGAACGUACAAGAAGCGCCAAAUAAUACCAGAAGUGACACAAACAAAAGACAAUCAAAAAGUUUGAACAUUCAAAGCAACACCAAAAGUACUAGACGCAAACCUAGUUUUGAUAGUGUCGACAGCAGAGUAGGAAAUGAAUAUGAAUUAGAAUUCUUUUCUAAAUAUGUUGUCCAAAAACUUAGACGAAUGGAAACAAACCAGCGUAUCUAUUCUGAAAAUUUGAUCAACACCGUCCUCAUGUUAGGGCAACUGGGAAAACUUAAUGUUAAAUCUAAAAUAGCUGAAAAUUAAUGUAUUUAUAUAUUCAUUAAUAGUUAAUUAUUUACAUUGUCAAUAAAAAAUUGAGAGUUGACAUGAGUUGAUUUAAGUUUAGUGUUUUAUGGCCGUUCCCAAUAUUUGAUCUAUCUCUGGUUUUGCCCUACUA